AUGAAGAUAUUAAUUUUCCUAAUGAUGUUUUUUACUUUAGUGUUAGUAACAAAUGGGAUUAAUAAUCUAGUGGAAACAACAUGCAAAAAUACACCAAAUUAUGAUUUGUGUGUGAAAACUUUCUCAUUAGACAAAAGAAGUGAAAAAGCAGGAGAUAUUAAAACAUUGGCAUUAAUUAUGGUUGAUGCUAUUAAAUCUAAAGCUAAUCAAGCUUUUAGUAUUAUUUCAAAGCUUAGACAUUCUAAUCCUCCUCAAGCUUGGAUACAUCCCUUAAAGGAAUGUGCAUUUUCAUAUAAGGUAAUUUUAACAGCAAGUAUACCAGAAGCAAUAGAAGCAUUAACAAAAGGUAAUCCAAAAUUUGCAGAAGAUGCAAUGGUAGGUACUUCUGGAGAUGCACAAGAAUGUGAAAAUAAUUUCAAGUCUAAAUCUUUACCACUUACUAAAUUAAACAUAGAUGUUCAUAAUCUUUCUGAUAUUAAUAGAGCUAUUAUAAGAAAUUUAUUGUGAA